CUUUGCCACCAACCGCGUUGCCUAGCAACCAGGCUUCGGGGACGCAGCUACGCGGCCUCCAGGCCUCUGGCUUCCGAACCUCUGGGCUCUGUACCAGCCGCGCUCGCUUUCCGCACCAUGUCCUUGCGGACGCUACCGCUGCUCUUCUUGAACUUGGGCGGGGAGAUGCUUUACAUCCUGGACCAUAGGCUGCGGGCCCAGAACAUCCCGGGAGACAAGGCCCGGAAAGAUGAAUGGACAGAGGUGGACAGAAAACGAGUUCUGAAUGACAUCAUCUCAACCAUGUUCAAUCGAAAGUUUAUAGAGGAAUUGUUCAAACCCCAAGAGCUCUACUCCAAGAAGGCGCUGAGGACAGUCUACGACCGCCUGGCCCAUGCCUCCAUCAUGAGACUGAACCAGGCCAGCAUGGAUAAGCUCUAUGACCUGAUGACGAUGGCUUUCAAAUAUCAAGUAUUGCUGUGUCCUCGUCCCAAGGAUGUGUUGCUGGUCACUUUCAAUCAUUUGGAUGCCAUCAAGGGAUUCAUCCAAGACUCCCCAACCAUCCUGCACCAAGUGGAUGAGACUUUCCGGCAGCUGACGGAAACAUACGGGAGUCUCUCUGCGGGGGAGUUCCAGCUGAUCCGGCAGAUGCUCCUCAUCUUUUUCCAGGACCUGCACAUCCGGGUAUCCAUAUUUCUAAAGGACAAAGUUCAGAAUUCUAAUGGUCGCUUUGUAUUGCCAGUGUCUGGGCCUGUCCCCUGGGGAACUGAAGUUCCCGGACUCAUCAGAAUGUUCAACCACAAAGGCGAAGAAGUGAGGAAGGCAGAAUUCAAGCACGGUGGAAGCUAUGUUGCUGCCCCCAAAGAAGGGUCUUUUGAACUUUAUGGAGACCGAGUCCUGAAACUGGGAACUAACAUGUACAGUGUGAACCGGCCCGUGGAAACCCAUAUGUCCGGAGCAUCGAAGAACGCAGCUGCACGGACGCAAGAAUACACUGCUCCAAACCCUCUUGCUAAAGAAGAGCUGAAUCUCUUGGCCAGGCUGAUGGGAGGGAUGGAAAUUAAGAAACCCUGUGGCCCUGAGUCAGGAUUCCGGUUGAAUCUCUUCACCACUGAUGAAGAGGAGGAACAAGCAGCGCUAUCCAGGCCAGAAGAGUUAUCCUAUGAAGUUAUCAACAUCCAAGCUACUCAGGACCAGCAGAGGAACGAAGAGCUGGCUCGGAUCAUGGGGGAGUUUGAGAUCACAGACCCGCCGAGCCGGAGCGCCAGCAAGGGUGAUGAUUUGCUUGCCAUGAUGGAUGAGUUAUAGCCGUGCUGACCAGGCACCUCCUUCUCCCUCCGGAGAGGCUGCUGGAGGAGGACCCUGGACUCCCCGGGGAACCAGAUGCUGCUGCUAGUUUUCUACUGAUGAAGCCUUUACCUCUUGUUCCUGUUUAUGUCUGAACCAACUGUGCGGUUCUCCCCCAGGGAGCAAGCACUCUCUCUGGAAGGCCCGCCCAUGUACUUAUUUUCAGCAAAGUAUAUUCUGGCUUUUAAAGUGGACCUUUCCUAUUUUCUUUCUGGUUUUAGGACCAUCAUUCAAAGCAUCCAGAGCCAUGGGUUCAAGCCCAGGUGUCAGUUAAGAGGGAGCUCCUGUUGCAGUUUUCAAUGACAGCUUUGCUCAGGGGACCUAGCAAAGGGGACCUAGACCAGAGAGAGGCCUGUGAGUUGUCACGAAACUCCAGAGCUCUCUGGAAUGUAUUCUGCCUUGGGAGUUUGACCUAAGUGGAAAAGGCGGUUGCCUCAAACAGUGGGGUCCCAGAUUCGACAGCCCUCCUCUCUCUGGCACCCUGGGAGCUGUCACCUCAGAGGCAGAGUAAGCAAGGCCAUGAUGGGGAAUUCUGGCCGGCCCCUCGCAGAGCCCCUGGGCGUCUGUAGGUCUCCACACAUACCUCCAUCCAUAUGUGGUGUGGGCUUAUCCCGAAUGGAAAUGCAUACGAAGGAAAUAGUUUGCUUUUUAGUGUGAUGUGUCCUCCUUGCCCCCAGAGUCUUUCUCUGCCACUUAGUAUUCUUGCCUUUUAAAGACACCCAACAUGCUGUGCCAUGACACCCAUCUCCUCUGCUUCGCCAUCAGUGGCCAAGCAGAGCCUUGAGUUGGAUGUACCACUUUCCCUUCCGGGUCCCAGAGGAGUUACUUCCCUUGGCAGGAUGCCAAGUCUAAUUGGGAUCCAUGAGACCUAUCUUAGGGCAGGGCUGCCCUCAUUGCUUCAGGAAGGAGGCUCGCCCUCCAUCUCAUCCUCAUCCUGGACUAAGGCCACUGUCUGGCUGAUGCUUGGAGCCAGCCAGCAUCCAGAGGUCCAGGUCCAUUCCAUCCUAUGGAAAGAAUGUCCAGAAUGGCAGAGGGCAGGAGAGAAACUCAGCUGAGCUGGUCAUUGCCUAAGAAUGAGCCAACCACCGGGACCACCCGGGACCCUGGCAAACCUGGCAAGAGAAGAAACCAACAUAUUUCUGGGAUGAGGCCCAGGGUACCUGUCCUUUAGUUCAUCUGAGGUAUAGGGUUUGAUGCAGAAGGAUUUAUUAAUCGCUCAGUAAAUGUUAGUUGCUUCCUACCCAUGAAAGGGAUACUUCCUUACCCACAAAAGCUCCCAAAAGGUCCACUGGGGAGGAAAAGCAUAGCAGGCUGCAAACCACUCCUUACAGACUUACAGAGCGCCUUCUGUUUUAGUCUCUUUUAAGCAACAUGGCCACCACUUGGGGUGGCCUGAUGGGUGACCAUGAAGGGGAAGGCUCUGUCCUGAAUCUGGCUGCCACCGCACUGCCACAAACCCAAACUUCAUUGUCGGCUCCGAGCCUGUCCUGGUCCUUGGAGGUGGGCCACAGCCACGGGGAAGCAGCCUCCUCCCUCCGCCUACCCCAGAGCCGCGCUGACGAUUUCAAACGCAUCUGUUCUCGCAGUGAAUAAACAAGAUACAGAUCUUUGGUAAGACA